CGCCAUUAUGUUGCUAACAUCAGCUUUACUUGUCACUGAGAGAAAAGCUACAAUCAUCUGAGCAGAGUUUGUUGUCCAGACUCCAGAUUUUUGGUUUUAAAACUAACUGAUAAGAUGGAGGAGUAUCAUUCUGGAGAUGAAAUGUCUUUCAGCCCAGAUGAAGCAAGUAAUGUUGUUAAGGAGUGCAUUGAGGGUAUUAUUGGAGGCGUGGACUACAGCCAGAACAAAGUGAACCAGUGGACAGCCAGCAUAGUCGAACACACUCUCACUCAGUUAGUGAAACAGGGGAAACCGUUCAAGUAUAUUGUCAACUGUGCUGUGAUGCAGAAAAGCGGCGCAGGUCUUCACACAGCCAACUCUUGUUACUGGGACACUACCACUGACGGAAGCUGCACAGUGAGGUGGGAGAACCGCACCAUGUACUGCGUCGUCAGUGUGUUUGCAGUGGCUAUUGCGCUAUGAGCUGGAACCAGGGCUGAGAUGUGACACACACACAGGCACAGAUCGGGAAAACUACCUUCGCUCUGACGAUCAUACCAUCACGUCUGUUAUGAAGCCUUCAACGCACUGGCUAAGACUUAAACCAUGUUCAACUUGUCUGUUUUACCUAAUCUGCAAGUGCUUAUCUACCACAUUGUACGUGUAUGUUUUUCUUUUUUUUGGACUUGCAAAGGUUACAUGCACCUUUGCUCUGUAUAGAAUAUGUUGAUGUUUAAUUAUUAAAGUUUUCUGCUUUGGGUUUAAUAAUCCAGUUGAGGAAAAUUGAUAUAUCA